GAGUUAAAUGACUCUCAAGCACUAAGCCUAAGCCAAAUGAACCUGCAAGGUAAUUAUGAUGUGAGAGUACGCUCAAUGGAGUCUCAAGUCCUCCAAAUCAAAGAUACCGAAAAUAUCCCGAUACGGUUUGACAACAACGAAACUAAUUUCACAAUCACCAUAACGAACCCUGGUCCAUGUGGCGAGAAAUCUAUGAGUUUGAUAAACGCGUCAAAUUGUAGAGGAAUAUUUAAGGAGUUUCAAUCUUCUCACUGGUUUUCUCCAACCCAAGAAGCCUUACUGAUUGCAUUUUAUUGUAUGGCUAUUAUUGUUGGUAUCCUUGGCAAUGCGAUCGUUGUGUAUAUUGUGCUCAAAUUCAAGCACCUUCAUGUUCCUAGAAAUUUUUUGAUAUUGAAUCUCUCGCUCUGUGGCAUCAUUAUGUGUCUGGCAUGUAUGCCAUUUUCUUUAAUUCGACUCACAUUAAAAAACUGGGAACUUGGUGACUUUUUAUGUCGUUUGAGUCCAACGUUACAAACUAUUGACGUAUUUGUUUCUACUUUUACAAUUGUUGCCAUAGCUGUUGACAGGUACUCGGCUAUAGUCUGUGCCUCAAGAGAAGCCAGUAAUAGGAAAUUGGUGUAUUACUCUAUAAGUCUCAUUUGGCUAUCUUCGAUCAUUCUGUGUGUACCGAUGAUGAUGUUUCACGAAGUACAAGAGGUGUAUCCAGAAGGAAUAAAUGUUCAGCUUUAUAAAAUCUGUAUGGAAGUUUGGCCAUUCGAUUGGAUGAGAAAAUCUUAUACAACAUGCGUGCUGCUGAUACAAUAUGCAGCUCCCCUCGCAAUUAUUUCAGUAUUGCAUGGUAAAAUUUGUCAGUUCCUACAGGUAAGGAUUAAAAACAAUCCUAGGACUGACCUAGAAAUGGCUAGAGUAUUGCGGGAUAUAAAGCGACAAAGAAAAAAUAUGCUUCUUCUGACGGGGAUAGCCGUAUCAUUUGCCGUCGCAUGGCUUCCACUUACUGUUCUUAACACCCUUGCCGACUACGACUUCCGGCUGUUUCUAAAUAGAAAUUUUAAUCAUGCCUACGCAUACUGCCUUCUUGCUGCGAUGUGCUCUGCUUGCUUGAAUCCAAUCAUCUAUGGCUGGUUCAAUUCAAAUUUUCGGAAAGCCUUCUUACUAGUUCUGUGCUCAAUAAGACAUUCUGUAACGGAUUUCACGGAAAUGGCCACAAUAAAAAACGAUUCCAAAGGAAACAGCCAUCAGCCGUAUCGGUUUUACAGCAGUCUACGUUUAGAUUCAGCAGAUCAUGUAGCAACGUGUCGAUCAAUAUCAAGUAGAUCGGCUUCUAAAUCUAGCAGCCAGCAUAGUAUAGCAAGUAGCAAAUCCGGCAUCUCCAGAAAUCAAGCAUGUCACUCACCCGCUUUGGAAACUAUACAGUCUCAAGCAAGUGAAUAAAGUUCAUAUUAUACAACAAACACGCACAUGUUGACAAAUAAUUUAUCUAUAUCAUGAAAAAUAUUUGCUUUGAACAUUUCUUUAUGUAACAACAGAAUAGAUUAUAACAAAGUUCGUCGGAAAAAGUGUGUGGUGAACAGUAGCGUUUAUAUAUUAAACAUAUUAUUGAUAGCACAAUGUCAUAUUAAAACAGAUUCACCGAAGAUUGAUCAAUGGAAUUCUGUGAAAAUCUAUGAUGUUUUGUUUAGACAACCACUAAAACCGGUAUAAAGGUCAUAACAAUGUUAACGCAAGACGUGCUUCAUAGUAGAGAUUAAGUAAAUAUAUUUAUAGAUUGUUUAUAUAUGUAUUUACAUAUGUAUGUUGAUAUCUUGUUUCUCACUAACUUUUGAGAGCGUAUGAGGUAAGUUAAAGAAAUUAAUAAAGAAAAUAACAUUUGUGAAUUGUUACCCAUUUAUUGUAUCUAAUUCCGUCUGGAAUCAAGACGGAAGCUUUUUAUAUGGCAUUGAAUAUUCUUCAGUUAGAAGAAUUACGGUGUAAAUCAAAAAUGUUUCCUUCUUACCUGUCUUUUAUAUGAUUGAAGAUAGAGGAGUCAUUUAAAUUGAUAUACCUAUUGCACAGGAGGCAAUGAAAUGUUUAUCUUUCUUUAUUACUAUGCCUGCAUGAUUGUUUGUUUCUGCUAAAGGUUAACGUUACUUUAAAAUGUUAGAAUAUUUAUUAAUUCAUGAUUGUUUUUAUUUAGUUUACUUAUUGCUUUAUGUAUAGCAUUGAAAGAUUGAGUGUUAAAAAUAUUUUCAAAUUUUUAUUUAUUACCUAUUGUAUAAGCAAAUUAUGUGUACAAGAAGAUUAUUCUGCUGUAUGUUAUUUGACUCUAGAAAAAUAAUUAUUAGUUUAUUGUUUUAUAGAUAAUAAAUGCUUUGUUGUUCAAACUCUGAUAUUACUUCAUUCGCAAAUUGGAUUGAUAUAGGUAAAGUGGGAAUUACUUCAUUCGCAAAGUGGAUCGAUAUAAGAAUAGCUGAUAUAAUUUUUAUAUCUAAUUUUUAUAUAUUUUUUUUAUAGUUAUAACAUUAAAGAAUAAAUAAAGAUAUUUUUAUUCGAAAGAUAAAGUUUCAAUCAUAAACACAAACAUAAUAUCAACAAUGAAGUGUCAGAAAGCGAGACACAAGCAUUUUAUUGGAACAUUACCAACAUAGUGUUAUUACAUUCAAAGCAGCGUGUCGCUGUCAAUUUAAACAUUCAAGGGGAACACAAACUAUAAACAUUAAAAACAACAGGGAAAAUAUCAUGAAACGGCAGUAUUCUCCUUUAUGUCUCCACCUUUAAUAUUAUCUAUGAUUACUAAAGUCACAUGAAAUAUCGUCAUAACCAAGAACUCAAUUAUGUUUUUAUCCUGAAAUAUACUGGAGAGUUACAGCUAAUUUUGAUGUCUUAAUUAUCUUUCUACAAAACCAUCAAAAUGUGGAGGAAUAUACAUUCAUCAUUUUAUAACAUACUAAUACAAAUAUUUUAAUAAAUGAUAUACACAUUACAUACUACCUUGCCUUGAUAAAAUCAAAUCACAUUUUAACAAGCAUGUUUGUAGGCUGAAGGAUAAAAGACUCACAGAACGUAUACGAACAUGCUAAUUCGUACAUAUCAAUCUAACCAAAUGUACUACAAACCUAAGAAAACGUUCUAAAGAUAAAAUAAUGCACGUAGAUCAUCUCGUUACAACUGAUUAUAAUCAAUACACUUCAAAUAAAACUCUUACUAACCAACAAUGACAGUUUUGCGUUAGGACAAAAGUACUCAUAUUUACGAUUUACGAUGCCAUAUUUCUGGUUUUUUUUUGUUUGAAAUGUAGGAUCGUUAGGUAAAUUUCAUUAAUCAUUUACAUGAUGAAUUUUGUUUCAUAUUUUAUAUUGUUCGAUGCCUCAUUAGGAGGGUAAUGCCAAAUCAUUUACAAUUCAGGUCACGUUUUCUCAUAAAAUCAACUGUUUGAUUAACAGAAACUAAAUGUGUAAAGGUUUAACCCAUGAAGCUGUGAUGUACAUGACAAACAAAAUUGUUAGACAUAGGAAAAUACAUGUACACAUAUUAAUAUGCCAGAAAUAAGUAUUGUGAAACUUUCGUAUACCUCAUAUUGUGAAG